AUGAGCAGCACGGCGCGUUCGUGGCUGCCCAGGAGGAGCGGUGGCGGGAGUUCGAGAGCUGGGCCCAGCAGCACGCCGAGGCCGAGCGGGCCCGCUUCGAGGCUGCGGUGGCCCAGGCGGCCCAGGAGCAGAGGCAGCUCCUCGAGCAGGCCAUCUCCGCCAGCUCGAGGGUGGAGGCCAAGAUUCUACAGGGAGGCCGCGGCGGCCACGUCCCAGCUGGAGGCCAUGCGCCAGGAGCUGCUGAAGAGGCAGCGCGAGACGCUGAGCGAGGUCAGCGCGCUGUUGGACGACGCGAAGCGCGCGGUGGCCGCGGUGCGGCCGGCGGCGCUGCCCGACGACGGGGCGGAUGCCCCGGGCCCGGCGCUGCCUGCGGGCGCCGACGCCGCCGGGGUCGCCCCGGGCUCUCCCGGACGCGUGAGGCGCCAGUCCCACCUGUUUGCUCCCGCCGCCGCCGGCGCCGCCGCCCCAGCGGCGAACGUCGAGCCGGUCAUCGGCGACGUCGUGCGGGAGCCGCGCCGCGCAGUCUCAGACGUCGAUUCUGAGAUCGAUGUCAACGACGAGGACUUCUCAAGUACUGCGGGGGGCAGGCAGCUCUGGGGCAAGCAGAUGUCCGACAUGAACCUCCUUGCCUCGGACCCGGAGCCACGGCCGGAGUCUCACGCGCUCCUGCGGUACCUCAAGGUGGGCUCGGUGAUGCUGCUGGCGGUGCUGCUCUUCGGCGUCAUCGUCUUCCCCUACAGCACCGCGGUCUGCCUGUGCACCGCCUGCCUGUGGCUCCUGUACCUCUGCGGCGAGGAGCAGCUCAUCCGCACGGUGGAGCGUCGGCAGUCCAGCGAGGGCGGGUGCAGCCGCAAGAUGACGGUGGUGGCCCGGGCCCUGCGGAAGGUGCAGGGGCUGCGGUCCUCGCGCAGCAAGGAGUUUUAUAUGAAGGCCUCGCUGUGUGCCCUCAGCGGGUGCGAGCGGGGGUUGGCGUAUUUGGCUCAUUGUAUGUUUGUUGAGCUGGUUCAGAUUUUCACUGACGGCAGUUGUCCUCACGCUGCUGGCCCUCCUGGCGGCUCUGCUGCUCAAGGCCCCCUUCUUUUACAGGCGAGGCGGCAACCGACGUGGCAGCGAAGGUGGCUGCGAGGCCGUCAAUAG